AUGCUGCUGGAAGCAUGUUUUCGUGGUCAUUUUUGGAAUACAAUGUUGCCUAAUAUUCAGUUAGUAUGUGGUAUAUUGAAACUGAAGCCACUUGCAACCUGUCCUUCCCUGAGAAUACUAUUUGCGCCCCUUUCAGACAGGGGUCUAUUUAGCUUCAGAGGGUUCAAAAUCGUUCUGCGUUCUAUCUUGAUUACAGACCGGAUCUCAGUUUCGGUUUGCCCAUGGAAUCACGUGGUGAUUGGUUUUGUGUCAUUUCUAACUAAGCUUUUCUUUUGGUAUGCCCCAUACAUUAUUCUUUGGUAUGCCAACGUCUUGUUUGGUAUGCUUCUUGGGGAGCUUUAUGUUAUGCUCGGGUGGAGUUUUAUGUUAUGUUCGGCCGAAAUUAGUUUGUUAUUCUCGGCUCAAUGUUUAUUUGAUAUGCCCGGCUCCAUGUUUAUUUGA